AUGAAGUGCACUGCAAUAAAAUUCUUACAGCGCCCUCCUUGCCUCUGUCAUCUUAAUAUCUCUUGUGAGAAACUUGAAGACAUACAGAUAGAGUGGAGAUUUGCUUCAACUAGCAGCAGAUCCUUCAAAGUUUUUGCUCUAAAUCUUGAAUAUUUGAAAUGGAUUGGGAAUUUGUUGAAUAACCAAAAUCUGGGGAAACUAAUGUGUCUAGAGAAGGCUGAGAUUUUUCUGAAGCAUGGGGUAGAUAACAAUGACUUCAGCAAUGUACUUGAGGUUCUUUGCAGUGUAUGCAGGGCUAAAGUCCUUAUUCUAAGUGGAGAGACGACCAAGGAUAUUGCAGGGAACGUAUCUUCGCUAUGA